UCAAUAAUGGUCUUGAAACUCACUACUUGUUCUCUUGUGGGAGGCCAAGAUGAUGUUGAAUGAGAGAUAAAAGAUGUAUGUCCUGUGUUUUGCAAGCAUCUUGGUAUAACCUGUCAGAUCUUUUGAAGAGUGCCAGCCUCCCACGCCGCAAUCUCUCUCGGGCUGCCUUGGCGGCCCUCCUCUUUGUGUCGUGGUCCUUGGGUCGGCUGAGUCUCUUCCGUUUGCCAAGACGUCCUGCCAUCAUGAGACCUCGUAUUUUCUCUUCUGUUUCGGGUUUGGGUGAGCGGUGGGAAUUGUUUGGAGUUGGAAAGCUAUCUCAGCUCUUGAGAUGAGGCUCUUUUAUAUGUUCCUCUGAAGUGGCUAUUGCAAUUUUGUUGCCAUAAUUAGUGCUCGGCGCUUCAAUCAUGAUUUGAGGCACUGGCGUGGGCCACGACCAUAUGUUUGAAGUCUGUGGCCUUUGACACAGUCAUAAGAUUUGGAGUCCAUGCAGUCCAUUUAAAUGGUCCUGCACUGCUCAUCCUCUCUGCUUCCAUCCUGUUUUCCCCUGUGCUCUGCCUUUUGCACUAUGGAUGUUGUGACACUAUAUGCUGCUGUUGCCGCCAGUCUUGUGGUCUGCCUUUCUCUGCAUCACUGGAUCCUUCAUUUCCUUUCCUUGAUACUCAGUGAGUGAGUGAUGCAGGCCUGUUUCCAGUGGAGGCUCCAACCAUAUCUUAUAUGUUGUCAGCAGUUCUUUGGACCCAUCACCUACACCAAAAUGAUAUGGUGGCUUGUGCAUUGGGCUGGUAUGUUCACCUGUAAUUUUAUCAGCAUUCAAGAUCAUUAUAAAGCAAGCUCAAGGACAGGAACUCUUACCUUACUUCAUGUUGUU